AGGAACAGUCCGAGAACCGGACCAAAUGUCGUGACUAGUAUAGACUAUAUAGAGCAGAGUGGAGCCGGGGGUCUCUUGGAAACAGCCUCCCUACUUCCGAGUAGGGGCAAGGUUUCCGUCUCCUACAUUUCUUCCGGCCACCACGAAAUUCUUCCGCCCAUCCCAGUAGCGCACCAAGAUGUUUUCUUCAUUGCUGGCUUCUGUAUCUAGCAUUGUCCCAGUUUUCUCCACACCGGCUGCCAUCCAUUCUAUGCUCCAAUUCAACGGCAAAUGGGACAUUCAUGGCGUCUUCUCCUACACAUACGCAUAUGAGAUUCAGAUUCCGCAUCAAGCAUCAUUCGCUGACUUGCUGCAGGUGAUUCGUAAUACGGUCCCAUCAUCAUAUGGGAGUUCCUUUUUUAAGAUUUCGCACAUCUCUGAUUCAUGUUCAAGUCAUGUUGUCAUUGACGAUGAUACCAGCCUUUACACAUACAUUCGGUUGAAGAUCAUUCACUGUGGUGUACGCGAAUUCCCUUUUUGCGUUGAAUUAACUAAUUUUUCAGAAAAUAUCGUUUCUGAAGGAGAUUUAGUCCUUUCGGAGUUACAUCAGCCUCUUCUUUGUAAUCAUUCCGUCUCCAAUUCAAGCGGAUGCGAAGAUACAGAAUCAGAUGGGUCUCUCUCUGAUUUUGAAGCAAACCGAACCUUGUGCAUUUGGGACGAAGGCGAUAUACCAGCACAAAUGCAAUUUUCCCCCGGUUUUGUACUCGACACAUUUCGUGGAGAUGAAAUGCCUGUGAAUAAUGUCCAAACUAAUGAGCUUGAUUGUAGUAACUACUUUCAAUCCAACUCGUCUAGUGAUCUAAUGUCUGAGCAGGACAUUGCCACAAUGAAGGAGAUGCACGUUACAUCUCGGUUCGAUCCAACUAGAAUUGUUGUUGAUGCCAUUUAUGCCAGCAAAAAGGAUCUUGAUAUCCAUUUGAAGAUGUUAGCAAUUUCUAACCAGUUCCAGUACCGGAUCCGAACCUCCAAAAAGUCCUGUCUUCAUGUUGUCUGUGUGGAUUUUCCUCGUUGCACAUGGGCUGUUCGGGAUGUGCGUUUACCAGGUGUUGAGAUGUUCCAGAUUCGUAGGAGUAAUUUCCAUGGCUCCGAAAAGUUGUUAUAUUGGAAGUUUUAUGGCGCUGCAAGGGCAGCUUCCGAAGCAGAGUGCAACCGAUAUUUGAAGUAUCUGGACAGAGAUGACCCCAGGAUUAUUGGAUACCUCAAAGCAAUCGGGAAAGAGAAGUGGGCCAGAUCACGCUCGAAUCAACGUUAUUCUAUAAUGACCUCUAACCUUGCAGAGUCCAUGAACAAUGUUGAUGUUGUCCCAUGUGAAUACCCAAUUUCACAACUUGUUGAUUUUCUAAUGGCUAGGACCCAAAGGUGGUUCCACGAGCGUAGGGAAUUGGCGAACUCCACGUCAUCAACUUUAACAAAGUUCUAGGAGUCGGAGCUUAAUGAACUACAUUCCGCUUUAGCUGUUAUGGAAGUAAGUUUUAUUCUUUUAUUCUUUUGCGAUAUUGUUUUACAUAUUCUCCAUAACUGAAUUAGGUCACCAUCCCCAUCGUAUUUCAUAUGUCUAUAUUACAGUACAUGCUUUAACAUGAUUUGAAUUCGAAGACAUGAGGAUCACAUCUGUCGGCUAUACUCUUGGCCAUUAUUAAAUUAACUGUAUUCAU